UUAAGUGUGGGGUAAACGCCGGCUCAUGCAACCGUACUGACGCAAUAUCUACGAGCUCGAUGAGGAAACUUAGGUGUGUUUUUUCAAAUAUACUGAAGCAAUAUUCAGAAUCAAUCAAUGUUAAUAAGAUCUGUGGUCGUUGUCUGAAAAUCGACGGGUGUCUGUUACAAAGAGGAUAAAAAAAACCAGCGUGGCACACAGUUUGUUACAGUCGACUCAGCGAUCUACAUCAACGAAAUACUUAUAUAAUUUAGGGAUUUCAAAACUACAGAUGGUAAACAAUGGAAAAAUUAACCGUGUUGUAUACUGUUAUCAACUUAUCUGUCCUUGUUUUGAAUCGACUGUGUUAAAGUUUUAUUAGAACAGUUGUUAAACUGUUGUUUAGCUGACACCAUCGGGUGUCGAAGACAUAAAUUGUGGACUGAGUCUCGGGUUUCAACAGUUUGCUCGUGUACUCCACAGGAGGACAAUGUAAUAGCUGGUCCUUUAUUUGACAAGACUGACAAUUUGAAACGAUUAGAACUCUUUAACGGUCAUUCGGUAGUGAGCGAGAACUUAGAGAAGUGGAAUCAACUAAACCACAUCAAUGGUUUGCUCCAAAGUAGACAGCCGUGACCAGAUGAAAAAUAUGGACGGCGAUAGAGACAGCGGGAACUUUGGCAAAAGCAAAGCUAUUGACAUCUUAACCCCAGAGGGAAAGACACUGAAGAUGUACAUACCGGACAGUACAACGAUAGAAUGUAUAAAGAUUGACUGCGAACUUCUUUGCGGAAUCCCAUCCGACCUACAACUCGUUAAACAUCAAGACAAAGACCUGGGCAACGAUGAAACGAUUGCAAGUCUUAACAUUUCUGACGGGUGCACUUUGAGAGUAACAGUUCCACAAUGGUGGCAGAAAUUCAUUUCAACGUGCUACAAAGGAGACGUACAACAAGUCAAAAAAAGAGCUUUUGUGAAAAUGAAUCAAGUCUCGCGCGAAGAACGAAACUUCACUGCGGCAUUCAUUGGGGCAGUGAAGGGGAACCACAAUCUAAUGUUCGCAACGUGUGCGGGAAGGAAUAUGAAUCUACACACCAAAACUAAAUUGAGCGGGAGAAAUCUUCUCCAUGCUGCAGUAUCUGGCGGCAGCACAAGUUGCGUGGCGAAUAUUUUUAUGAACGGGGGCAACGCUUUGCUUGAGGCACCGGAUAAUACAGGCGAAACACCAGUAAAAAUGGCGGAGAAAUUGUACGGCGCAUCUGGCGAUCUUGUGAAAUUUUUAAACGUUUACCUCGAGCUCCAUCGGCGCGAUGCAAAAAGUUCUGGUUCUUCUAAUCGCUUCUGGGACAACCUCGAGCGAAACAAUGACAGUUCAGGUGGAAUUAGCGCGGAUGAUGAGUUUGAUAAUGGGGAAAACAGCCGGUCACAAUCUAAUGAAAACAUUAACGGUCAGCUAGAGGAUCUUUCUCUAGACUCUGAUGAACAAACAGGUGAGAAAAAAACGACAAACGGCACCGAAACCAAAUUUUUCAGCAACAACACGGCCACUCCAUUAACGAGAGUAAACAUUGAGGACUAUGACGCUACAACGGGUGAAAACGCGUCACACGUAGAAUUUGACGAUUUAACAAACUCUGACAAUGAACAGAUGGGUGCAAAUUUCGAAAACGAAAGCUCCAGCAAGCAAUGUAAUGUACCCAAGAGUGACACGGGAUAUUACAGUGGUAACAAUCAAAGUAUUCGAAAAGAUGCACCUCGUGUCACGGAGAUGCUUUGGAAUGAGCAUUUGUUUACACAAGCGAACACACCUCCAGCGGGAUCAACUACAGACCACGAACUAAGCUUAGCACACAACCGUUCAGAAGAGGACGCGGAGGUUACUAGUGUGUCAUUACUCUCCACUGACCCAACCUAUGCUGACUCUAAUGAGCCAGACAGGAGAGCCCACCUCCGAAAUGAGGGUCUCAAGGAACAAAGGAGAAAAACAACAACCACGGAGAGGCCAAAUUUAGAAAUCCUUUUGUCCAUAAGUUCCGAAAGCAGUGCCCCGGUUCUUUGGAUUAGCCCUGGAAAUGAGCCACACAAUAGCGAAGGUUUCGUGAACGAGUCACGUGACUAUCGACAGGCCAACGAAGAAAACGAGAACGAGCCAAAAGACAAACAAUGUUGUGCGAUCAAGGAGACUGGGGUAGUUAAUGCAUGGAACGACCAAGCUACCCCGCAAAUGACCAUAUCUUCGGAAAAAAGCGACACCGAUACUGUUUACUCUCCGAAGCCCCUCAGAAGAGCCCAAUUGAGGAAAAAGUCGAUCGUGGAGCAGCAGAGGAGGCGUCGAUCCCUGGCUGGAAGACCGAACCUGGAGGAACUUAUCCGAAAACACGAAGAAAAAUCUGAACAGGAGGACGCUUUGGAGAUAGGGGAGGAGGAAGGCUCUGGUGCAAUGGGUUCAAACGAGACAGGGCCAUUUGCUUUGGUUACCACGACAGAAGAUUCUUUUAAACUAAAAUGCAAAGAGAAACUAGAUGAUGCAGACUCUAAGGAUAGAAGCCUAACCACAAUAAAAAGAGAAAAAGAGAAAGGAAACAGUGAUAAGGAAUCGAAGGGAAAAAAUGUUUCUGCCAUGGACUAUCAAGAAGACGAGUCUCCUGUUUCAGCAAGGUACGUUCUACAAAUGUGGCAAAACCAAGCCCAGGAAAAUGUCAAGUCUGCCGAAAAUGCCUUGUCAGGUGACGAAAUGGACAGUAGUUGCUCACCGAAAAUGCCAAGGAGAGCCCUUCUCAGAAAACAGGUGUUCAUGGAGCAAAGAAGGAAGCGGUCAGCCACUGAAAGACCGAAUCUUAUCAAGCUUAUGGAUUCUCGCAGAAAAGAGGACGAUGAAGAUGAAAAACCUGGCCAUGAAGAAAUCGAAAUGGUUCGACAAGAAGAGAGAGAGACGGAUAAAGACAACAAACACAAUGACUUUGUCAUUCAAGCCGAUCAAGAAAGAGCUCUCAAGUCAGACUUUUCAUCUGCUAAUUCUGGUGAGAGUGCAUCGAUGAAGGAGCGGAAUCUGGAAUCUAAGAAAGCACCGACGCAACAACCAUUAACAGGAACGUCACAAAAAAGAGUUUCGACGAGGGUUACACAGAGACGCUCUAACGAUGGCCAUUUACUAGAAGCUCGUGCCAGGAAGGGCAAAAGAAGCAAUUGGUCUUGUCCUAGUGGUGACGAAUCUGAAGUAAGUGAGAACGAACAAAAGGUAGUCAACGAAACGGUGACGAACAUUAAAACGUCCUCGAAAACGCAAAGAAGAAGACGCCUACCCAUGGUUCCAAGCAGAGCUAUAAAACUGCCUCUCAUUAAAAUAGAAGACAGUGGCACUUCAACAGGCUCAGACCAAGGGGAUACUCAUAUGUCUAGACGGAAUCACGUGCACUAUUCUGUGCCUGUGAGUGGUGAUGGGAAACCAUCCGUUCUGAGUGACAAUUUCAACGUUCCCCAUCCUCCGGGCGGUCGAUCCCGUUCAAGUUCAAUGUGCAGUGAGGAUUCAGUGUCAUCUGGAGAGAUGCUAGGCGAGAGAAGCAGGGCUAAAAGUGAGGGAGAAACUACCAUUGGUACUCAGCCCAUUUCUCUCGUCAAAAAUCUUCCAGUCAAUCAGAGAAGACAAAGUGUUCCAAUAAACACGUUUACCCCAGCACAAAACACAAGCACAACCAGGACUAGAAGGAGUUCUGUUCAAGUAGAGGACCUGGACGAACAGGGAUAUCAAAUAAGCCCCCAACUUCGCGCAAGACUACAAAUGCGGGAACAGCCUCGUGAAAACCUACCCUGGAACGAAUGGAGGACAGGCAGGAGGCGGUCUAAUUCCUUCCCUGACGUUAAAGAGGCUGAAAACUCAGGGCCAAUAAACACAAAUCAGGGAGAACUUCACAAAGACGAGCGGAGCGACAAACGUGCAGAGAUACGCGGCGAGACGCGCAAUGAAACACUCGUUGCGUGGAACGAAAAAAGGCGCCCGGAGUCCGCUAGGCAUGGAACUCACCGCCGAAUGACAUUUACUGAAUGGCUUGAUAACAAAGAAGCGUUAGAUAGGUCAAGACCAACAUCUGCCCAGAGAAGGAACGUGAAUGCAAAAGACAAUGUGAACCACCACAGUCAGACAGUGAAGGCGUACAAGGAAUGGCUGCGGAAGAAAGACCAAGAGGCUUUGGAGAAAGAGGAGACACUGCGAAGAAGGGGGAAGAAAAAAGUUUACAGGACAUACCAUAGAAAGUGACUGAGUGCGACUCACGGGUGUAGCACGGCACCACGCCUUCACAAACAAUGGUGUGCUUGCAAUCACAGUUUUAACGCUAUUUCUGACUUCACUUGUCCUUGUAUACUUUCAUUCUUGUUUGAAGAAAAAUGUGUCACGUCUCCGCGCGUAUCAAUCCAGCCAACCAAAUUGAAACAAAUCUUGCCCCCCGCAUUUUGACUCAGCGAAAUUCAGUUGUCACCCAGCUUGUUACGAAAUUACAAAGAACCAAUCACACAAAAGCCAUCGGUAAAAUUUGACUUUUGUCCAAGAUUGAUCGCACUAAUUAUCCCACGCAUGCCUCCUUUAACUUCAUAUCCGACUGGACUGUUGUACAAUUUAUGUCUAACGUAAUUUCGAGGUAGAAUAUUCUAAUGAGGACACCGUGGUGAAAAGCAACGUGAAAAAUUACACUUUUUGCCAUCUGCUUCCAUCUAUCAUACACUAAGUAAGAAACAUUUGGAUUCACCAUGAAUAAGAAAUUUCCACUUUUUCUACAAAAGUGACUUAGGUAUUGGAGGAAAAGUAAGAAAUAUUAGAUUUCAUUUUUGCCGUUGCAGCUAAUGUGAUGCUUAAACUUAUUGAUUAUGGUCAAUACUGGACUUGCACCCAAUGUUCCAGACAACUAGCGACAUAACAUACAGAGGCUUGAUAUUUAGCCAGAUCUUUGCUCAACAGCAAAAAUUGAACAAUUUUAUUAUGUGAUCGAUACAUUGAUUCAUUCGUUUACUGAUAAUUAUCUUCAGAUUGAAAUUUUCAAAUCGUGGUUAUGUAUUUGAAAAAAGAGAUACAUAUAUCAAUCUACAUUGAACACAAGUGCAAUACGAUUGUAAUCACGAUACACUUAUUUUGAUUGGUUAUUAGUUAUGAUCUAUUGGAGGACAGAAGCACAGAUGACGUCACAGUUGACAACUCCUUGCUUUUUCAUCGUUGAAAACAAAGAGAUUCUAUAUUGCCAUGGGUCUUUUCGAUUGUAAAUCAUAGACAACGUUACAUAUAUCUUAUUAAUCAAGCGCAAGGGCCGUACUGGGAGAAUAUCGGCCCGAGGUCUUGACA